AUGUUAUUAAUAUUGUACAUAUUUAUAUUCAAUUUCAUUAUUAUACAAGGAGCAAUUCUACGUUUACCAUCUAUAACUGUUAAGGAACAAAGUUCAAUUGGUUCAUCUGUUAGUGAUAUUAGUCGAAUAUAUUCUAAUCGAUCACAAAAAUUACGCUAUACAUUUUUAUCUGAAACAAGUUUACAUAAUUCCUAUUUUAUUAUUGAUAGUUUAACUGGUAAAAUUUCAAUAAAACGAAUGAUUGAUAGAGAAGAAUUAUGUCGAACAAAUACGUGUAAUUGUGAACGAUGUAUAUUAAAUUUGGAAAUUGUUGCUUCAACUGAUACUGUUGAUAUACUUUCAUUAGAAGUUUUAAUCGAAAAUAUUAAUGAUCAUGAUCCAACAUUUCCCGUUUCAACAUUUACCAUUCGAAUAUCAGAAAAUACAGAUAUUGGUUAUAUGGCAUCAUUUCCAUCCGCCAUUGAUCUUGAUUAUGGACAAGGUCAAUCAUCAAAUUAUUUAGAAUAUAAACUAGUAUCAAUUGAAAUGAAUGAUAAAGAUUUAAAUGAAACAUUUCAAAUAAUUGAUUUACAUACAGAAAAUCAAUUAGGUUUAAAAUUAUUAAAAAAAUUAGAUCGUGAAAUACGAAAUUUAUAUCGUAUGAAAAUAAUUGUAUAUGAUUCAAGUGAUGAAUAUCAACAACGUACAGGUAUAUUAUUACUUAAUGUACAAGUACUCGAUUCAAAUGAUAAUAUACCAAAAUUUGAACAUGAUCAAUAUCAUAUUAAAUUAAGAGAAAAUACACAAAUUGGAACAGAAAUACUUCGUGUACAGGCCAUUGAUAAUGAUGAUGGUUUAAAUUCAUUAAUUAAUUAUACAAUUGUUGUUAAUAAUCGUAGUACUACUCGUCAACAAUUAUUACCAUUUUCAAUUAAUAUUAGUACAGGUAUUAUAUAUGUAGAAAAAUUAUUAGAUUAUGAAAUAGAAACAAAUUAUCGUUUUUCUAUAAGAGCACAAGAUAAUGGUCCCGAAUCUGUUAGUGUUUAUUGUCAAAUUAAAAUUGAUAUACUCGAUAUUAAUGAUGUAGCACCAGAAAUUGAUUUUAUUUUACCCGAUAAUGAUGAAUGGAAAAUUGAUAUUAAAAAUAAUAUUUUUUAUAUUAAUGAAGAAUUAAAAUUAUAUACAAGAUUAUUUCAUAUAAGUGUUAGUGAUAAAGAUUCAGUUAAUGAUAAAGUACAAUUAAAUUUAUUAAGUUAUACAAAUUUAUUUCAAUUAAUUGAACAGUAUACAGAUUUAUAUUCAUUACAAAUUAUUGGACGAUUAGAUGCAGAAAAACAAAAUGAAUAUAAAUUAAUUUUUGAGGCAAAAGAUCAACCGUAUCCAGCAAAUGGUCCAUCAAUGUCAACUCAAAAAUAUCUUAAAAUUAUUUUAUUGGAUAUUAAUGACAAUUAUCCAAUUAUUGAAAAAUUACAAAAUCCUCUUAGUGUAAUUGAAAAUAAUCCAAUUGGAAUUAAAUUAGGUCAAUUUCAAAGUUAUGAUUUAGAUUUAUCAAUUAACAAUAGUUUAUUGACAUAUACAUUAAUUUCAUCAAAUGAUUCACAAUGUUGUUUGUUAGAUUCAACAAAUGGUAUUCUCUAUGCUAAUAGAACUUAUGAUUAUGAAAAACAGACUAUUUAUUAUUUAACACUUCGAGUUAAUGAUAAUGGAGAACCAUCAUUACAUUCAUUAAUGGAUUUUCAAUUAUAUAUAAAUAAUUCAAAUGAUAAUAGUCCAAUAUUUAAACAAAAAAAUUUUACAUUUCAAAUAUUCGAAGAUGUGCCUAUUCAUACUUACAUUGGACAAUUAAAUGCAACUGAUUUAGAUUCUGGUAUAUAUGGUAUUGUAAGAUACGAAUUGUUAUAUACUCAAUUAUAUAAUGAACCAGAAUAUAUUGAAAUUUCAACGAUAACCGGUGAAUUAAGAACAAAAGCAUUAUUAGAUUAUGAAACAUAUCCUGUACAUAAAUUUCAUGUUAUUGCUAAAGAUAGCGAUGGCCAUUCAGAUAAAGCCCUGGUAAUAAUCCAUGUUCUUGAUAUUAACGAUAAUGCGCCUCAAAUUGAUUUUCCAACAAGUGUUAAUAAUCUUGUUUAUAUAUCAAGUAGUAUGUUAAAUCAAAAUUAUUCAGAAACAAUUUUAAUUACAAGAAUAAUUGCCAUAGAUCAUGAUUAUGGACAAAAUGGAAAUUUAUCUUAUAAAAUUGAUGAUGGUAAUAUGUUUAAUUAUUUUCGUAUUCAUGAAAUAAAUGGAACAAUAUUAGCACAAUCCGAUAAUUUACCAUUUGGUUAUCAUCGUUUACGUAUACGUGUAACUGAUCAUGGAUGGCCAAGUUUAAGUACAUUGACCUAUUUAAAUAUUAAAGUUGGUGAACAUAUAAAUAAGAAACAUUUUCAAUUAGUUAAAGCUGAACAAAGAUUAUUAUCGGAAAAUAAAACAAUAAAAAAUAAUAAUAAUUUAACAAAAGAAAUGUUAUUUGUUGUUAUAAUAUCAUCGAUAUUAACUUUAAUAUUCAGUAUUAGUAUGGGCAUAUUAAUUACAUUAUUAUGUAAACGAAAACGUUUUCAUAUAUCAAAAACAAUGGAUUUAUUAUCGGAUGAUGACAAACUGUUGACAGUUGGUACAACUACAACAAAUGGAACGGAUACUAAUAACAAGACAAAUACAUUGGUAAGCAAAAAAAUAGUUUCAACGCAUGAUAGACAGUGA